GAUGGAUGGUGACGGUGAGGAGGUCUGCGCUGCGCGUCCGCACCGCCGCCGCCGCCGCUCGAGCUGUGUGUGUGUGUGUGGGCUGUGGCCAUGGUCGGCAUGGAGUGGAAUAAAGCAGCAAUGGGGGACACGGGACCUGACAAACUAGACAUGUCUCUCGAUGAUAUCAUCAAACUGAAUAAACAACAAAGUAAAGUGAAGAAACCUGCACCACAUAAAGGAAAGCAGAUACUAAGUCGACCUUCCUAUUCGACAAUGCAUCUGAAGCGGUCAAGCAGUUGGCGUGGAAUUCCACAACGAUCUGGAAAACCUGUGAACCGGCAGAUACCAGUGGGUAAGCGGAAGGUUUCUGGACAAUGGAGGAGGCGAUUUCAAGGUUUGAUCACUGGCCUGGCGGCAAGAAAGGCAAUGAUGCUGCAGAAGUACAUCAACGCACCUAACAGGUCAUCAUUAAGUCAGAAGCAGGCUGGACGGAGAACUCCACUCAUGAGAAAUACAUCAGUUUUGGGGCAGAAUGAAGGACAGCAGAGAAUCAUACCAUCACUGAAGCAUCCAUUGCACAUGAAGAGGAAUUCUAUUCAGCACAAUUUUUCCAGGAUUCCUACACAAACGCGCCAAAAUAAAGAAGCACGGCAAGCAACCUUUCUUUUCAAACGAGGCCUAAAGGUGCAUAUGCAAACUGAGCAAGGAAUGAAAGGAACAUCAAUUACGAAACAAACGAGACAGUGGCCCGUUAUUCCUGGUGCUACAAAGGUUGAGCAAAGUCGCAUUCCUAGUACCAGAAGGGGUGUUUUGACUGUGUCUAUUCAGAACCCAUCUGCCAAAAACACAGAUUCUCAGAAGUUCCAGGUCAGACACCCCCCUUUGAUUCCUUUUCCUGUAAAGAAAGAAUUGAUUGAAAGGAGAGAACCACCAAAAGGAGUGCCUCUGGAAUUUGAUAUUAACAGUGUUGGAAAACAGACUGGUAUCACCUUGAACGAGCGAUUUGCAAUUCUGAAGGAACGGAGAGUAGCGGUGCCGUCAGGCAAAGGAGAACGCUUUGUUACUGUGGGAUGAAUGAGACAACUGACAUUCGAUCUGGCAGAAUUUUUGGGAGCUUGUUCACAUGUACUAGGAAGUGAUCCGAUGUCGAAAACAGACAUCCAUGUGAACCUGGUUGAAUGUACUUUGAAGCUGAUAUUACAGUCUAAAAAGAAGAAACGGCAUUUGGAUUACGUUUUUAAAAAUAUUUGUUUUUGUCUGAGGAACAGUAGUUAAAAAUGGAAUUGAACAAACAGUUUUAAUUGUCACAUUGCAAAUACAGAUUUUUGUUCCUUUCGAGAAACGCUUCAUUCGGUAAAAAUGUAAAUCCAGCACAUUUUCCCCAAAAUUUAGUAUUUUUUGAAAACUUGUUAAAAUCUUAGUCUAAUGUUUUUUUUAAACAUUAAAGUUUACCAGUUUCCCAGUU